AUGACCAUGCCCUCCGAUGCGGCGGCUCUCCCUUCUCCACCAGGCAGAUCACCAUGGAAGGACAGCCGUCCUUACUCGGUGGGGGGCACGGUGCAUACCAUCAGCCCAAGCAUUAGACCAGAUUCUUGUGGAGGCGGCACCCGUCCAGUACCUCCACCACGAUUCCCAAACAUCAAAGAUUUGCAGGACCAGGCUGCGCUGUUGAAUGUGAGCGAGCACAGCUCGAUCGAAGACCUCCUUCGGGUUGCCGCGGCGGCUUUUCAACAAUCACGAGUGCUUGCGGAUGGAGUCGAUAUUGACAGGGCCUACGUACAGUAUCUGCGCGCCUCCGAAAUCACCAUCAACCUGAUCCCUCAGCACCCCGAAUAUCCUACGAUACAAGCGCGGACACCAGAAUUAUACAAGCAGUUCGCGGCUCUGAUGAUGUCAGUGCGGAGCAAACAAGCAACAAUGGAUGCGAUAAAACAAGAGAUCAUCGAAGAUAAUCUAAGAAGCAAUGUCCAGCCAACAAGGGCACACAUGUCAACAUCACUGCAUAAUUCAGGUCUCGACCGGAAUCAGGAAAACAAUUGUCCAUUCGAUACUUCGACCAGAAUGCCGAGCCCAACACAAUUUCAGCAAACGACCGGACUAGAGAGAGACGGUCGAAAACUCUCGGUGGCCACAGCAGAUUCAUUAGCGGAAAGAUUCGCACGACUCAAGACAUCGAAAAAUGCCGAUGGAACUGGAGCCAAUGCUGCGUCUUCUCCUGUGCAAGCCUUGCGAGGAUCUUCGGACCAAUUUUUUGGUCGUGCUAGAAACACGGUCACAACAACUCAGACAUCUGCUACGGAAACGCCUCACAAUCGUCCUCUAGGCCCUCGCACCAUGGGCUCCUCGACUCACCUCCCCUCUGUUCCGCCCAAGGUCCCGAUCAACACCUCAAUGCCGCGCGCGCCCGAUCCAGCUUAUAGUCCAAUCUACACGGUACCUAACCAACCUCCGCCUUCGAACCCGCCUCGGACUUCUGCAGAGAGCGCACGCUCGUUACCACAAAGGUAUUCGCAGCUUGCAAACUCCCCACGCGAAAGUCAGAGUCGGAGCACCGAUGAUCAUACAUACCGUACACGUACUCCGAACGGAGGCAGUUCUUCUCGGGAGACCCGCAGUAACUCCCCCGAUCUGCCGUACAACACGCACAUUACAGCACACGAUUUGAUGGACUAUCUGCGCAAAUUUAGUGUCUUGGUCAUAGAUGUUCGCUCUCGAGAUCAAUUCGACCUUGGCCACAUAUACGCCAAGUCGGUGAUAUGCGUCGAGCCAAUUGUACUCAAGGAAAAUGUUUCGGCCGAGGAGCUUGAAGAACGCCUUGUCGUCUCUCCUGAUUACGAGCAAGCACUGUUUGAGCGAAGGAACGAAUUUGACCUUGUGGUCUACUACGACCAGCAGACGGCCUCCGUCAGCUAUCUUGCGGGUUCCCCAGUGGGUACCUCGGCGCCACAUCUAAGGGCCCUUCACGAUACUCUAUACGAAUUCAACGAAUACAAGCCUCUGAAAGCAGGCCGGCCUCCAGCCUUGCUCCUUGGCGGGCUGGACGCUUGGAUUGACUUAGUAGGUCCUCAGUCUCUUGCGACAUCGUCCACAGCAGCUGUCAUGGGCUUUCUGCAAAGCAAACGGAUCCAUCCAAGACCGGGGAAACCUCUGGGGCGAGUCCCCACUAUGGCCAGUGCCAACUCCAGCUUGGAAGUCCGUAAAAGACGUUUACGUGAGUUCACGCCACUCAACUCAGAGGAGUUAUCGGCCUGGUUGGAACGGUCGAGAAAGGAAGAAAUUGAUACGAGCCACUAUCUCGAGGAAGAAAGUGUUCCGGAGGACGACCAAGAGCCGGACGAUGGAGAGCCACCUACUCCGUUGGUACAUUCUUAUGAGGCUUUCUUGCGUCGCUUCCCGGAGCCACACCAACUUCAACAAUCAAUGAUGCACCCAGAUUCUCGCAGAAGUGUCGACUCUGCAUCUAGAUUUUCCGCUCCAGUUCCGAUGGCACCACUGCGGCCCCCUCCGGCCGUCUCUCGUCCAAGCUACAGCGGUGUCUCUGACGGCCGUGAUGCCCAGCCGCACGUCCAGCGACAGAAUUCCGCGAACCGUGCCCCUCUGUACACUUCGUCUUCGUAUCUUAGCCGGCUCAAGCUCCCACGCACUGGACUUCACAACUUUGGCGUGACAUGUUACAUGAACUCGACGCUUCAAUGUCUCAAUGCAACGGUCAUGAUGAGUAAGUUCUUCAUCGAUGACCGGUACCGACACUAUGUGCAAAAAAACUGGAAAGGAUCGCAAGGGGUAAUGCCUGGUCUAUAUGCAAACCUCAUCAGAUCAUUGUGGAAAGGUGACGUAGAGGUGAUCAUGCCUAGUUCGUUCCGGAACUUUUGCGGUCGUUUGAACCGGGAGUGGGCGAUUGAUCGCCAGCAGGAUGCCAAGGAGUUCUUUGAUUUCCUCGUGGACUGUCUGCAUGAGGACUUGAAUAUCAAUUGGCAGCGCAAUCCACUUCGGCCCUUGACCACAUCCCAAGAAAUGCAACGUGAGCGAAUGCCUGUACAAAAGGUCUCUGAGAUUGAAUGGAAUCGAUAUAGUCACCGCGAAGAUUCAUUCAUCUCCUCACUGUUUGCAGGUCAGCACGCCAGUCGAUUGAAGUGCACCACUUGCCGUCAAACGUCCACCACCUAUGAAGCGUUCUACAGCAUCAGUGUGGAAAUACCUACCGAGGGCACCGGCGAUAUCUACCAGUGUCUUCGAAGCUACUGUCAGGAGGAGAUGCUGAGUGGUGAUGAAGUCUGGAAAUGUCCCCAUUGCAAGUGUGAUCGCAUUGCGACGAAACAGAUUAUUGUUACGCGGGCGCCACAAAUUCUUGUUGUCCAUUUUAAGCGCUUCUCGGCGUCCAAGACACAGAGCGCGCGCAAGAUUCACACCCCGAUUGAAUUUCCCCUCCAUGGCCUUCGUAUGGAUGAUUACAUUGUCCCUUAUCCCCAGGCUAAAUCUUCUGGUGACUCUGGUUUGAGUUCCUCCACAGGCCCUGCGACUCCGCCUUUUACAUAUGAUGCCUUUGGUGUGCUCCGGCACAUCGGAUCCUCCAUGGGCAGCGGACAUUAUGUGUCGCUGGUCCGUGAUGCGGAGCGACAGUGCUGGCGAAAGUUUGACGAUGAUCGAGUGACUGACUUUUCUCCACGGGAUCUUCGACCUCGCGAUCGACUGCAAAAUGGACAGGCGUACAUUGUGUUUUAUGAGCGAGUUCCAGCGAAAUGA